AUGUCGAAAAUUUGUUUUAAAUGCAGAGAAGAAAUAAGAAAAAGGGACUUUAUUGAAUGCUUCAACUGUAAGAAACUCUUUCACUUAGACUGCACAAGCAUAGGAGAAAAAUUUUUCUUCUUAUUAGAUGUCGAAAAAAGAAACAAAUGCCUAUGCGAUUUAUGUAAAUAUCAUAUACUACCAAAUUUAGUCCAACAAAAUAUAAAUAUACCCACAACUAAUUCUUUCGAUGCACUAGACGUGGAUGACGAGUACACAGAAUUUGUCACCUUUCGUCAAAAAAAUAAAAAACUAUCAGAAUCACUUCCAGAUUUAUCAGACUCAUUUAUAAUAACACACUCUCAUUCAUUAAAUUUACAAAAAAUCUCUCGCAGCCUACCAGACGACGACUUAAGAGAUUGCUUAAUCAUACAAGAGUUAAAAGAAGAAGUUUCAAGGUUACGUACAGAACUAAUUAUAACGAACAAAGAGGUGGACAAUUUAAACAUAACGAAGAGAAAACUUACCAAAAAAAUUCUAGAAGAAGAAGAAAUUAUAAAACUCUACAAAAGUGUUAGUAUCGACGACGUAAAAUUGAGAAAAACAGCCAAUAAUUCCUAUAACUCAACACCUUUAACUAAACCCAAUAAACAAAACAGGAAAAGUUUAAAGUCAGAUAAACGCCAUAGUUUUGAAUAUGUUGAACGAAUAAAGCUUAAAGAAACACUGCCUGCUACUCAACCUGAAAAAUAUGUAAAUGAUUAUGUAGAAACCAUAACCUCAAAAAUUAAGACUAGUGAAGAAACUUGCGAAUAUCCACCGAAAAGGAAACUAUGCGUCAUUAGUAACAUUCGUAGCAAUAAAAUGGCGACUACAAUGAGAAACCACUUCGAAACGCAAAACAUCUGCCACUACCGCAUAACAGGAGGUGGUAUUGUUAAACUGUUAAGGGGUGUACAAACAAAACUUGUGAAUUACACCCUUAAUGAUUUUUGUAUUUUAAUUGUAGGUGAAACUGAUUUUGAUGUUUCCAAAAAUUAUAAUGAUUUAGUUAUGAAUAUAAGGAAGACUCUUUUGACCGUUCAGCACACAAAUAUCUUGCCUACUUUUAAAUUUUGUUACCACUCUAAUAUUUAUAAUAGACGAAUUGAAACAUUUAAUAACCUUUUAUACUCUGAUAAUAUUAAUUUUGAAUAUUGUUACAUUUUAGACUCCAACAAAAAUUUAGACUAUUCUACUCAUAUGUUCUCAGGAUAUAAUGGAAAAUUAAAUAAACGCGGAUUAAAGACAAUUUUGCAUGACAUAAACAAAUUUAUAAGAACAUUUGAUGAUGUAACAUUGAGUGAAAAUCGACGAAUAGAAGAUAUCUCUGAUCUAAAAGUAAUUACGUUUCAAGAAAAUAAAAUUGAUACAGAGAAGUCUUCCCUUUCACCCCAAAAUGCUAUAAAAUUAUGUGUCAAAACAUUCAAUGUCUUUCUAACAAAAUUGACGACUUAA